UCCUCUUUAAACAUAGUUGGGAGAUAGUUUCCCCACGAUUUCUAGUUCAGAGAUCGGUAAAUUGAACUGAACAAAUUGGUCAUAACGCACAGAUUUGGGAAUAACUGUUCACCACGCGCGAGUGUACGGAGCAUUCUCGUGAACGCAGCAUUCAACUUACAAGGCGCAAGGUGAAAUCCAUAACACUACCAUGCAGUAAUAUCAAACUCCAUUCCGUGAGAAGAGCGGUUGAAAAGGGAUGAAAUUUGAAGUACGGAUGGAAGGGGUGAUGGGCCACCUACACAUCAGGAAAACGAAACUUUUAAGGUUUCUCAUAUUGUGCCUGACGUUCGUCGUCUUGAUAUCUGAAACAAACGCAGGGGGUAAGAAGUACGACGGACCAUGUGGGGGAAGAGACUGCAGUGGAGGCUGCAAAUGCUACCCUGAGAAAGGAGGCAGGGGCCAGCCUGGGCCUCUCGGUCCUCAGGGGCCCCAGGGUCCAGUCGGGCGUGACGGGGACCCCGGCUUGCAGGGGCCUAAAGGAGAGGGGGGAGACAAAGGAAGAACAGGCUCCAUGGGCCCUAAAGGAUCAGUGGGAAUGACAGGAAUUCCAGGUUUCUCAGGAGGCAAUGGCAUUCCAGGUCACCCAGGACAAGGAGGUCCGCGGGGCAAACCAGGGGCAGAUGGCUGCAACGGGACCAGAGGAGACGCAGGGUUCCCUGGGAACCCAGGCACCCCGGGCAGACCAGGAUACAAUGGUCAACCAGGUCGGAAAGGAGAGAAAGGAGAUGAUUUGGACCUGCACAUCUUCAUGAGGAGAUUCCAGGGAGAGGCAGGCUUUCCAGGCGCUCCUGGAUAUCCCGGAGGAAUUGGUAACCCGGGUUGGAGGGGACCCAGUGGUAUGAUUGGGCCACAGGGGCCACCUGGUUUACCUGGACCCAAAGGCGAAAAGGGCACAAUGACCCAAGUGAUCAAGGGGGAGAAAGGAGACGUGGGUGACACUGGUGAGCCAGGGCCUCCAGGAAACGUCACUUAUCAACACAUCGGCCAGAAAUCUCCAACAGACUUUAGAGGGAUCAAAGGAGAGCGCGGAGACAUGGCUGACAACAAAGGAGAAGACGGUAUUAUGGGGAUGCCAGGACAACGGGGGUUACCUGGUUUGAAUGGACAAAAAGGACUGCCGGGUGACUACGGAUAUCCAGGAUCUCCCGGAAGACCAGGGCUGAAGGGUGUGAGAGGAGAAGCUGGUUUGCUCAUCUACAGUGGCACUGGACCGCGAGGAGUUGGACCGAUGGGCCCGGAGGGAGAGCUUGGGACCCAGGGAGAGAUAGGACCUCAGGGGGAGAAAGGCCUGCCUGGGCUCCCUGGAUCUCCAGCUUCUGAACAACAAGGAUUGGACUUUUUUGGCAUGUUUGGUGAUAAGGGCUCGAAAGGCCAGAAGGGUUCCGAGGGGGAGGCAGGAACCCCCGCCACCCAGCCGGGUCCCCCCGGACUCAACGGCCUCGACGGUGACAUGGGAUUUCCUGGACCCCAAGGAUCAUGGAGAGAGCAUCUUAAAGGAGCAGCAGGCCCGGGCGGAAGACCAGGCUCAGCUGGACGGAGAGGAGAGACAGGAGACCAUGGUGACUGCGUGUGUGACACGGUGAAUUCCCCUGCCGGCCCACCGGGUCCCGCCGGUAGCAUAGGGAGCUUUGGCAUGCAGGGAGAGUUCGGUCAACUGGGUGACCAAGGGGACCCAGGUCUGCCUGGUAUACCUGGCAUGCCUGGUUUUCCGGGUCGUGAUGGCAUACCAGGACCCAAGGGAAGAAAAGGAGAAACCACAGUUGCGACUCAAAAAGGAUUGCCAGGGGAUGUAGGAGACCCAGGACGACCAGGGACCCCGGGACCACAGGGUCUCAACGGGAUCAAUGGGAUCCCCGGCACUGCUGGACUCCAUGGCCUUCCAGGCGAGGCCUUAGUGGGUGACCCUGGAGAUCCAGGCUACAGCGGCCGGCCGGGCCUGCGUGGUCUUUCUGGCCUGCAGGGAGAGGCUGGUCGGGCGUUAAGCGCCACCAAAGGCGAGAGGGGUCUGCCAGGCGACCCCGGAAUCCGAGGACACGGUGGAAUGCCCGGUCCCGCUGGAACGCCAGGAGGCUGUAUUCAAGUUGGAGAACGAGGACUGGUGUAUAAAGAAGGGGAAUGUGACGCAGUGCCGGGACCCCCUGGUGAGCCAGGACUCCAUGGUCUCCCUGGGCUGGACGGUGUUCCAGGAUUUCCAGGGCUCAAAGGAUUUGCAGGGCUAUCCGGCGAGUCGGGGUUCAAAGGAGAACGUGGAGAUCCUGGUCGUGGUGGACCCCCUGGACCGAGCGGCUUCACCGGUCCACGCGGUGACCUGGGUACACCUGGUUUCAAAGGGUCCCCCGGAUCACCUGGGCUGCCCGGCUUCAACGGCCGGGACGGUGAACCAGGUGCGAAGGGAGCCCACGGUGACGUGUUAGACGCUUCCACCGGACCCCCUGGUGAGCCUGGACCUGCUGGGCAUCUGGGAGAGCCUGGAUUACCAGGAUCGCCUGGCACCCGGGGAUACCAAGGAAUGGCUGGGAUGCCUGGCAUGAUUGGCGUUAAGGGUGAUUAUGGGCCUUAUGGAGCAGAAGGAGAAAGAGGUCGCCCUGGCCCGGCAGGAAAGAUCGGGUUUCCUGGACAGCCUGGGAAAGCUGGUAUUCCAGGACCUCCCGGAACCUUGGGACAGCCAGGCUUUCCUGGAGACCGGGGAAGCGACGGUGACCCUGGAGUCCCAGGGCCCUUCGGCAUGAAGGGGUUUCCUGGUGAUCCUGGCAGUGAUGGGAACCCCGGAAGUUCAGGAUCACUGGGGGAUCUCGGAAAUCCGGGACCACCGGGACAUAUCGGUGUUGUUGGUUUGAAAGGUUACCAAGGUUCUCCAGGUAUGCCAGGCUUCACUGGCAUGCCAGGGGUGAGCGGAAUUAAGGGCUUUGCUGGGCAUCCUGGAGAGCCUGGGCUUUAUGGAGAACCAGGCCACAAAGGUGGCAAGGGCAGACCUGGUCUAAAGGGGGAUAGAGGAAUACCCGGCAAACCAGGAGAGUUCCGCAUGGAUGAAGUAGUGAAGAAGGCCAUGAAGGAGAUGAAGGGGGCCAAGGGGGACCACGGCACGCCAGGGGUGUUCGGCUUCCCUGGGCCCAGAGGGCCCAAAGGCCUCCCAGGGUUUCCAGGUUCCUCGGGCCAUGAUGGCUACCCUGGAGAGCCCAGCGAUAAGAAGGGUGAGAAGGGAGAUCCGGGAAAUCCGGGGUGGCCUGGCCAGAAGGGGAUGCCAGGCCCCACUGGACCAACAGGAAUUGGAGGAUUCCCUGGGAUGCCAGGCUAUAGAGGGGAGAAAGGCGGGAUUGGUGCCUAUGGGCGAUCAGGAGAAUCCGGAAUCAAGGGUAUCAAAGGUGAAUUGGGUCCUACAAUUGAUCUCCCUGGACCUACUGGGCGUCGGGGUGAACCAGGGCUGCCAGGUUAUUCAGGUGGACCGGGCCUCCUCGGUGUAACGGGAGACAGAGGCAACCCUGGCUACUCCGGUAUUGGGGGCAUGAAAGGAGGACCAGGUGACCCCGGCUUUUUUGGAGCCAAAGGGUCUGACGGACAGCAAGGAACGCCUGGUCAACAGGGCCAGAAGGGCUAUCCAGGAGUCCCUGGUGCCCAUGGAACCAAAGGAGCUGAAGGGCAUCCUGGACAACCAGGCUUCCCCGGUCAGACAGGAAUCGGUGGACUUGAUGGUCUGAAAGGAAACAAGGGAUUGCCCGGCAUAUCAGGUCUUGACACAGUGGGGCCACCAGGCCACCCUGGUGCUAAAGGCCAGAAAGGAGAGUUGGGCAUCCCCAGCACACUGGUCGGCAGCCAGGGAGGAGACGGCGCGAAAGGAUAUUCAGGAGAUCCAGGUGAUCAAGGACGGCCUGGCCCUCAAGGUCCACAGGGUCCACCAGGGUUCGGAGGAACCCCAGACAGACCUGGGCGGCCUGGAGAUACUGGUUAUCCCGGACAGAAAGGACUCCCAGGCUUCCCCGGACCCAGAGGCACACCAGGCAUCCCCUCUGUGUUUGGGGACAAGGGAGACAAGGGCAUAGGCGGCCUGUUUGGCCUUACUGGUCUGAAGGGCCUCCAGGGUGACAGGGGGCAGGAAGGGUUUCCUGGACCAAACGGAAUCUCAGGACAGAAAGGGGUCAAGGGAGAAACAGGCAUGAUGGGACCUCCUGGCAAGCCAGGCUUUAAAGGAGACCGCGGCCACUCCGGUCCCAAAGGACAGACUGGACAACCAGGUUUCCCCGGGGCCACAGGGGCGCAGGGACGUCCUCCGAUCCCGGUCAAGAUUCCCGCGGAGAGAGGUCCACCAGGGCCUCCUGGACAAUGGGGGCCCGGAGGCACAAAAGGAGCACCGGGUUACCCAGGACCACAUGGAGACCCAGGCUUUGAGGGGCUUAAAGGAGACAAAGGAAUGCCAGGUGUCAGUGGACGGUCGGGAACACCUGGUUUCCGUGGAGAUCCAGGAUACCAGGGAUACCCCGGUAUUCAAGGCCUGGAAGGUUCUCGGGGCCUCCCUGGCAUCCCUGGUCGUGGUGGCAUGCCUGGGCGUAGCGUGAGUGUGGGCUACCUGCUGGUCAAGCACAGCCAGACCGACCAGACGCCCAUGUGUCCAGUGGGCAUGUCUAAGCUGUGGGACGGAUACAGCCUGCUCUACUUCGAAGGCCAGGAGAAAGCCCACAACCAAGACCUAGGUCUGGCGGGCUCCUGCAUCCCACGUUUCAGUACCAUGCCCUUCCUCUACUGCAACCCCAACGACCUGUGCCGCUACGCUGACCGCAACGACAAGUCAUUCUGGCUGUCCACCACGGCGCCCAUCCCCAUGAUGCCGGUGGAGGGCGAGGAGAUCAAGCCGUACAUCAGCCGCUGCUCGGUGUGCGAGGCGCCCUCUGUGGCCAUUGCCGUCCACAGCCAGGACGUCACCAUCCCGCAGUGCCCCCUGGGCUGGCGCAGUUUGUGGAUUGGAUACUCCUUCCUCAUGCACUCUGCAGCGGGGAAGCAGGGUGGCGGGCAGCUGCUGGUGUCGCCAGGGUCGUGCCUGGAGGACUUCCGCAGCACGCCCUUCAUCGAGUGCAAUGGUGCCAAGGGCACGUGCCACUACUUCGCCAACAAGUACAGCUUCUGGCUCGCGUCCAUGGAGCAGAACUUCAACAGCUCGCCGGGCAGCGAGACACUCAAGGCCGGACAGCUACUCUCGCGCAUCAGCCGCUGCCAGGUCUGCAUGAAGAACCUGUGAGCCCACUUCCAGAGGCGCUAGCGUUUUCUCACUGUCCCCACUAAAGCAUAACACACACACACAACCACACAGACACACACACACACACACUAUGCUUGUGCUUUACCACCAACCUUACGUCCCACACCAAUUGCCCUCGAAGAACUUAUGCAAGUGUAUCAACCACUUUCCCACAAACCUGGCAGAGCACGCCACCCUCUGAGAAACAUAUAUGUAAAAACAAAAUCACUUUUUGUACUUUCUUAUUAUAUUGAAAAUGGUGCUUCCUGUCUAACUUAUUACCUCAGCUAUGUAUUGAACAGAUAAUUUUUUAUAGGUAACAACAUCAAAAUACAGCUGAACCAAAGAUGCCCGUAUGUAUGCACUGCUUUGGCUUAGUGUUCUUUUUUUCCAAGGAAUAUUUUCACAUUCCUUUUUCGGUGCCUUCAUUUCUAAAACGGAAUCUCUGCCAUGUCAAGUGAUAUGUCCACUGAUGGACCAGCCUGGUUAAGUGAGGGCUGGCUUCCAGGCUACUUUCAGGCAAUUUCAGGAGAGGGGGUAUAUUUGUAAUUUCUUGGUUUUACUACUUGCUCUUUGAAAGAAAAAGAAUGAAAAAUAUAUGCAUAUAUAUUUUGAGUUUUUAGCUUUGGGAUAUCCCUUUAAGACAUGUGCACUUAUACACUGUCUCUUCAAUCUGUGUUAUGUGUAUUACUAAUCCAUUCUUAGUUAAGUCCACUACUCACUCAGAACCGGAAAUUAUACAGUGCUAAUCCGCAGCUCCAGCAUUGCUUCAAUCGUUGCAUAUGAAUAAAAGUGUGCAUUUUAUUGUUUCUAGUGUAAUCUACUAGACAGUAGAUCUGAACAUGUAUAGGCCAUUGACAGUUUAAUGAUAUAUAUAUAUACACACAAAUUGCACUGAUUUUCUUCUCAGUUAUUUUUUUGAGUUCACACCCAGAAUAAAUGUCUGGUGUGGCUUCAGCAGGUAGACCCAAAGGAUAUCUUUGACCAGUGACAUGUUUUCUAUGUCUGAUAAAAACGGCUGUUGGCUGUCUCCACAAGAUAUCAAUAAAUGGCAGCAGUAUCUGCCGUAGAUGUAUAAGUAAGUAAGAUGUAUAAGUGCUUUCUUGAAAGCCUCGCUACAAACUGUAAACUCCUUAGUGAAGUGUGUCCAGAGGACCCCACAGCUGAGGAUGACAUACAUCCGAGGUCUUGAUACAAGGUGCGUAUGAGGUGAUUCAAAAAAGAAAACAAGACACUGCACCCUAAAAUCACUGUGCUCGUCAAAGACAACCAUGAGCAGCAAUCAUCUCUUGCACUGACAAGCAUUUGCUGGGUUCGGUGUAGAGUGUGCAGUUAUUAUACAUCUCGCUCAACAGUCUCCUCAUCAAGGAGUCUUCAACAACUCAUUUAGUUGUGUACCUUGAUCAGGUUAAAUGAAAAGUGCCCAUAAGAAUGAUGCCAUCAAUUUCAAUGUUCCUUUAUUUGUUUCUAUGUAAAUUUUAGUUGUUUUAAUGGCACAUCGCUCUUAGCUGUUCUUGUGGCUGUUGUAAUGUAAUUAUGUUGGAUAUAUUUGAGUGCUACCUUAUGAAUAUGUCAAAUGUUAGUGUACUUGAAUAACAGCAAAAUACAUGCUUUUGUUUGUUAG